AUGUUCUCUUCCGGAGCUCUCUCCCGCACCAUGAAGGCGGCUGCCAUCAAGGCUCCCCUCCGCACCUUCGCUCAGGCCACGACUGCCUCGUCUGCCCGCAAGGUCCAAAUGUCCAACUUUGAGAAGGACCAGUACAUCAACUACCAGCGCAUCGAGGACAACCUCGCCAUUGUCAGAAAGAGGCAACCCAUGACCCUUGCCGAGAAGAUCGUCUACGGUCAUUUGGAUGAUGCACACAACCAGGAUAUCGAGCGUGGAAAGUCCUACCUCAAGCUCCGCCCCGAUCGUGUUGCCUGCCAGGAUGCUACCGCCCAGAUGGCUUUGCUCCAGUUCAUGUCGGCUGGUCUCCCUAACGUCGCUGUCCCCUCGACCGUCCACUGCGAUCAUUUGAUCGAGGCCCAGGUCGGAGGCGCCAAGGACUUGUCCCGCGCCAAGGACAUCAACAAGGAGGUUUACGACUUCUUGGCAACCUCCUGCGCCAAGUACGGCCUUGGUUUCUGGAAGCCCGGCUCUGGUAUUAUCCACCAGAUCAUCCUCGAGAACUAUGCCUUCCCCGGAGGUCUCAUGAUCGGAACUGAUUCCCACACCCCCAACGCCGGAGGUCUCGGUAUGGUAGCCAUCGGUGUCGGUGGAGCUGAUGCCGUCGACGUCAUGGCCGACAUCCCCUGGGAGCUCAAGUGCCCCAAGGUCAUCGGAGUCAAGCUUACCGGCCAGAUGUCUGGCUGGACCUCAGCCAAGGAUAUCAUCUUGAAGGUCGCUGGUAUCCUUACCGUUAAGGGAGGUACCGGAGCCAUUGUCGAGUACUUUGGACCUGGUGUCGACACCUUGUCCUGCACCGGUAUGGCCACCAUCUGUAACAUGGGUGCUGAGAUUGGUGCUACUACCUCGCUCUUCCCCUACAACGCCCGCAUGGGUGACUACUUGAAGGCUACGACCCGUCCUUACAUUGCCGACUGGGCCGAUUCCUUCCAGCACAACUUGAAGGCUGAUGCCGGUGCCAACUACGAUCAGAUCAUCGAGAUCGACCUCAACACCCUUGAGCCCCACAUCAACGGACCCUUCACCCCCGAUCUUGCCACCCCUCUCUCCAAGUUCAAGGAGGCUGUCAAGGCCAACGGCUGGCCCGCCAAGCUUGAGGUCGGUUUGAUUGGUUCCUGCACCAACUCGUCCUACGAGGACAUGGCCCGCUCGGCCUCGAUCGCCCAGGAGGCCCUCGACCACGGAUUGAAGGCAAAGUCGAUCUUCACCAUCACUCCCGGUUCGGAGCAGAUUCGUGCCACCAUCGAGCAGGACGGUCAGAUGGCCACCCUCAACGCUGCCGGCGGUAUUGUCCUCGCCAACGCCUGCGGCCCCUGCAUUGGUCAGUGGGAUCGUCAGGAUGUCCCCAAGGGCACCAAGAACUCCAUCAUUACUUCCUACAACCGUAACUUCACCGGACGUAACGAUGCCAACCCCCAGACCCACGCCUUCGUCGCCUCCCCCGAGAUCGUUACCGCCAUGACCUUUGCCGGUGACUUGACCUUCGACCCCACCAAGGACACCCUCAUCGGUGCCGACGGCAAGGCCUUCAAGUUCUCAGCCCCCACCGGUAACGCCCUCCCCCCCAACGGAUACAACGCUGGUGAGGAAACCUACCAGGCUCCCCCCAAGGAGAAGGGUGAGGUCUCCGUCAAGGUUUCGCCCACCUCCAACCGUCUUCAGCUCUUGGAGCCCUUCGCCAAGUGGAACGGCAAGGAUAUGGAGGACAUGCCCAUCUUGAUUAAGGUCAAGGGCAAGUGCACCACCGAUCACAUCUCCAUGGCCGGUCCCUGGUUGAAGUUCCGUGGUCAUUUGGACAACAUCUCCAACAACAUGUUGAUCGGUGCCCUCAACUCUGAGAACGAGGGUGUUAACUCUGUCAAGAACCAGUUCUCUGGUGAGUACGACACCGUCCCCGGUGUUGCCCGUGACUACAAGGCCAAGGGUCAGCCCUGGAUCGUCAUUGGUGACGAGAACUACGGUGAGGGAUCCUCCCGCGAGCACGCCGCCCUCGAGGUCCGUCACCUUGGAGGUGCCGCUGUCAUCACCAAGUCUUUUGCCCGUAUCCACGAGACCAACUGUAAGAAGCAGGGUCUCUUGCCUUUGACCUUCGCCAACCCUGCCGAUUACGACAAGAUUGCACCCUUUGACCGUGUCUCUAUUCAGGGCUUGACCUCCUUCAAGGAGGGUGUCCCAUUGAACUUGCACGUCAAGAAGCAGGAUGGCUCUGCCAUUGACAUCAAGUUAAACCACACCUUCAACGAGGAUCAGAUCAAGUGGUUCAAGUUUGGUUCAGCCCUCAACCAGAUGGCUGCCAAGGCCCAGGCCCGCGCUUAA